GACCAUGCAGAAUGUCUGUGCAUCUGAUGAUCAGGUCCAACAUGGGGAUGCGUAUUUGAAAAACUCAUCUUGCAUCAUUUUUAACCUUUUUCUCCUGCCGCGCGGAGAGAGAUGGAUCCGUCCAGGAGGAGCGAGAGUGACUGGCAGGGGCUGGUCAACGAGGUGAAACUGUAAAAGACGCGGAGAGGAGACGAGCGUGAAAAUAAUACCUUAACUCAGCUGGUGGUGUGCACCACCAAACUAUCACAUUAGCAGCAAAUCGGUGCCUAAAUUCUGUGUGUCUGGAGCAGUUAUUGGAACUCAGUUAAAUCAGAUGUGGUUUAGAUUAAACCGAGUGAACAGGAUUAGCUUUGGUUUCUCUCAGCAUGUAGAAGAGGAAUUCCUAGUUUGUAAGCGGAAGUUAGAGAGUAAGAAAGAAGCUCUCCUGAUUCUGUCUAAAGAGCUGGACACCUGCCAGCAGGAGAGGGAUCAGUACAAACUGAUGGCCAACCAGCUCCGUGAGCGACACCAAGGACUCAAGAAGAAGUACAGUGAACUCAUUGAUGGAGAUCCCUCUCUGCCUCCUGAGAAGAGGAACCAAGUGAAUUUAGCCCAGCUACUGAGAGACUCCAGAGAAAGAACCAGUCAACUUUCUGAGGAGGUGAAGGAGCUGAAACAACGACUGGUGGAAGCCCAAGGUGAUAACAAGCUUCUACGAAUGACCAUCACCAAACAGAGGCUGGGAGACGAGGAGGUUGGCGCUCGGCACUUUCCUGCUCAUGAACGAGAGGAUCUGGUCAGACAGUUAGAAAGAGCUAGGGAACAGAACGAGGUUCUGGAGCACAGCGUGAAGUCGCUCACAGACGAGCUUCAGGACGUACGAGCAGAGCGUGACGUGUUUCAGCAGAAGGCUCAUCGUCUCAAUGUGGAAAUGAACCACAUCGUGGGCAACGAUGACAUGCGGAUUUUAGACAUAGAUGCACUCUGCAUGGAAAACAGGUAUUUGCAUGAACGGUUCAGUCAACUUCAAGAAGAAGUCAACUUGCUCAAAACAAAUCUGAUGAAGUACAAGAGUGCCCUGGACUGUAGGAAAAACUCUAAAAUCUGUGGGAAAGCCAACAGUAGUGCACUGACUGGGGUGCUCUCUGCUAAACAAGUAAAGGAGUUGUUACUGUCUGAGGACAACGGUUGCACUUUGCCGGUGACGCCUCAAUCCAUCUCAGACCUCAAGUCUCUGGCCACGGCAUUACUGGAAACGAUCCACGAGAAGAACAUGGUGAUUCAGCACCAACGCCAAAUCAACAAGAUUCUUGGAAAUCGAGUAGCAGAGCUGGAGAAGAAACUAAAAACAUUAGAAAUGUCUGGAUUAUGGAGCCUGCCAGGAGGAAAAGACACCAUCAUCCUGAAUCCUCAGCAGGCUGAGUCAGCAGAGUCUCCUGGUCAGGAAGGUGAUGAAGGGUCAGAAGAGAAAGCUGUUGAUCAGCAGAGCUCCACAGAAGUCCAAAACCAAGAGAGUGGAAAACCAGCGCAAGAUGUACUCCAAGAUGAGGAACAGCCGCCAUCCAGCGAGGAGACGUGCCAGCAGCGCCCCUCAUACCAGUCAGCUGAGGAAGAGCCAGAAACACCAGCGAGUGACGAGUGUGAUGGCAGCGGUCACCCGCAGAUCACAAUUGAUUUAACAGCUUUAACGAGUCACCUGUCAGGAGAGGAGGAGUGUCGGAGUGGUUCCCCUCCCACAGUGACAGAUGUGAGCACACACCACUUGCGGCAAACUUUAGAGAACCCUGACCCCACAGGAGGAGGAGAGGCAGAGUUCGAUGAAUGCACUGAAGGGGUCGAAACUGUUGAAACUAAGUGUAUUCUAACAGAGGAAACCAUCAAUAAUGUUAUAUCCACUGCGGCCGCCGCGAGCUCGGCCGGAGAGCAGGAGGACAUCCAGUCAAACCAUGGGGAGACAAAGCUUUCAGAUGAGACAGACGUUUGUGUUACUCAGGAUAUAGGGUAGAAAAUAUAAGGAUGAAUGAUGCAUUUAUAACACGAUGCUACUUUAUUCACCUUUAUGAAUAAUGACACUAUUGAGCUGUUAUGAUUGACAGAUGCUGUAUUGUAAUAACCACUACAUUUUGAUUGAUUUUUAUUUUGAUAAUGGAGGCCUACAUCUGUUACUUAGCAUCAGUUAUUGGGACGCUACAUGGAGGGCUUCCUCAUUAAUAUACACCUGUCAACUGUCAGUAGCUGAUUAUCUAACUUGUGCUUUCGUUUGAUCCAUUGAGAGUGUUACUGUCGUCCCACCUUUUAAACUGAUAAAUUACAUUACGUGGCCCAAAUUUUGUGCAUUUUGUGCAUUAGUUAGUCUGGGCAAGAUGACCUGUCAGUGUUCCAAUAUAUCCAAAAGGCUGAAGUCAAAACUCUGUGCAGGUCGGUCAAGUUCUUCAACACCAACAUGGGAAAACCAUUUCUCGCUUUGCAACAUUGUCAUGUUGAAACAGAAAUAGAGGUUAUGCCCAAACUGUCUGCAAAAAAGUUGGAAGCGAUACAUUGUCUGUUUAUCAGAGGUGGAGAGGAGGGCUGUAACUAACCGCUGUUUUCAUUGUCUAUUAAUCUGUCCAUAAUUUUAUCAAUACAUGGAUUAGUUGUUUGUUCACUGUUAUAGGAGUAAAGAAACCAGAAAAUAUUCACAUUUAAGAAGCUGGAAUCAGAGAAGUUUUACUUCUUAAAAAUGAUUGAUACCCAUUAAUCCAUUAUCAAAAUAGUUGGUAGUAAUUAAUCGAUUAAUCGUUGCAGCUCUAGUGGAGAGGGAAGAAAUUGUGAUUUUAUGGUGAUAAAAUCUGACUGAGACAGGAUUUGAACUCACCAGUGAAGGUAAUUUACACAUUUCUGCUGCAAGACACUGAUUCAGUUUUUGUUUCACAUAGAAAUGAGCUCAAAAUGAAGUGGGACAGCGUGCAGUUGCUGUCAGUUGACCAUAAAAUCAAGAAUGUGGUGUAGCUUAGAAAUGAAUUGUCAGAAACUCCUCUAUCUUUCUACCUCUGUCCACGUGUCAGUAUUAACUGAAGGAUUCCAAUAUUUUAUUGAUCACUACAUCGAUAAUAGACAUCCAACUGCUACUUUAUUUUGUUUCUUCAAACCUAAUACAAAUAUUACCAAACAGUUUUAUUUCUAUUAUUGUCUUUUUGAUUUACUAUAUUGUGGGAUGUUUACUCCCCCUGCUUUUGUGCUAGCAGGUUCUGUCUAGAAGCUACAGUCAUUCUGUUUUAAAACUAAAUGUCCUUACACAAAUUAUUUUUAAUCAUGCAUACUCAAUAUUAUCAAGGCUGUAUAAAAUGCUGCAUGACAAUUAAAGAUAAUUGCAUUGUAUUUUAUUAUCCAUGCUUUUAGUUUACAAUAAUUUGUCAGUUGGCAUUGAAACAUUGACAGAACUUAUUCGUCUGAAACACAACAAAGCCACAGCAUCUAGAUUACCAGCACCGAUGUCUUGAUUAUGUUUUUGUGGUGAAAAAUAUUAACUCACCAGAUAGAAAUGACAUAGGAUAUGUAUGUAUAUGUAUGUAUGUAUUGAAAUGUGCAAAAUGGAUUUAUUUCUGCAAAAUCAUUUAUCUACUGUAUUUUAACAUUCAUUUUAAAUAUAGAAUCCAAAAUGAGAUGAACCAUUUGAUACUGUAUAUUGUGACAUGCUGCCCUGGAUGUAAAGAUUUAAACUGUAUGUAAUGCAGGCUAACAUGUUCUCAAAUGACAAUGUUAAUAUGCUGAUGCAUGCAGGUGUAACGUUUACCUUGUUCACCAUCUUUGUUUGGCACGUUAGCAUGCUACCAUUUAUGCUACCUAAAUACAAAGUAGCCUACAGCUCAGUAAGAUGCAAUUUCGUUGCAAGUAUAUGGUCAUAAAACUAAGUAUUGGACAAAUUGAAAAUUUGACUUGAUGGUGCUAUAGGAAAAGUUAGAGGAUCACCAAAGUCUGUGGAAUAAAUAUUCUAGGAACAGU